AUGACUCCUAACAAAUCUAAAAAAUCAUAUGUCCAUGAUACCAUAGUUGAUUCAGUUACUGCUUUACCCCCAACACGAAAUCCAAGUAGCAGUGCAACAUCUUCUAAUGUUAUGGUCUCCUUUUGGAAUGACAAUGGCGAAAAUCUAGAGCAAGAACCUCAUGUAAUUGCAACGACAUACGGUCCACCAUUCCAUAUGUGUAAUCUAAACUUGGACUAUGCUUACCAAUCCUCCGAAUUUGAUAUGCCAUCUAAUGAACCACCACCAUUAGACGCAUCUCUUGAGAUUGGAAUGAAGUUUAAUAGCAAACCAAAUUGUCAACUUGCAGUUAAGCAUUAUCACAUAAAACACUCAAUCAAUUACCGUGUAGUGCAAUUUGAUCAAUACAAGUAUGUAAUUAAAUGUGUGAAUCCACAAUGCUUGUUCAAAUGCAGGGCUUCGUUAAGCCAAAAAAGUAAGCAAUGGGUGAUUGGUCAUUUGAAGGGGCCCCACAAUUGCACAAAUUCCUCUAUGUCACAGGAUCAUAUCAAGCUUGACUCUAACAUCAUAUGCGAAAGCAUAAAGUUGCUUUUGAAAGUCGAUCCAUCAAUUAAAGUGAAUGUGAUCAUUGCACAUAUUCGAGAACGAUACAACUACACAAUCACCUAUAGAAAGACAUGGAUGGCAAAUAACAAAACUAUCGAAACGAUUUAUGGGAACUGUGAAAAGUCUUACAAUGACCUUCCAAGGUGGUUGUUGGCUAUGCAAAAAUUUCUUCAAGGAACUAUUAUGGAAAUGGAAGUAUCACUUGCAUAUUCUGAUAAUACUUUGUUACAGGGGUCAAAAAAUUUCAAACGACUAUUCUGGACUUUCUCUCUGUGCAUAUCUGAGUUUAAAUUUUGUAAAUCAUUUAUCUUAGUGGAUGGAACUUGGUUGUACGACAAGUACAAUGGGACUCUUUUGCUUGCUAUUGCACAAGAUGGAAACAAAAAUACAAUUAACAUUGCUUAUACACUUGUGGAAGCUACAAAUUCAUCUUACAACACUUUCAUUCAAUGCCUAGUGAAUAAUUCACAACCUUCACACCCUAUAACUUCAGCAAUUUUCACACCAAACAAUUCUUCAUUCUCUUCAGUCUUACAAGCCUACAUAAGAAACCUUCGUUUCAACACAACAACAACACCAAAACCAUUUCUCAUAAUCACAGCAUUGCAUGUUUCACACAUACAAGCAUCAAUAAUUUGUGCUCAAAAACAAAACUUUCAAAUGAAAAUAAGAAGUGGUGGACAUGACUAUGAAGGUGUCUCUUAUGUAGCUGAAGUUCCAUUUUUUAUACUUGACAUGUUCAAUCUUAGAUCAAUUGAUGUUGACUUAGAGAAUGAAACAGCUUGGAUUCAAAGUGGUGCAACACUUGGUGAAGUUUACUAUACAAUUGCUGAGAAAAGUGAAAUUCAUGGUUUUCCAGCUGGUGUUUGUCCUACUGUUGGUGUUGGAGGACAUGUUAGUGGUGGUGGUUAUGGUAAUUUGAUGAGAAAAUAUGGUACUUCAAUUGAUAAUGUUAUUGAUGCACAAAUAAUUGAUGCUAAAGGUAGAUUACUUGAUAGAGAAGAAAUGGGUGAAGAUCUUUUUUGGGCUAUAAGAGGUGGUGGUGGUGCUAGCUUUGGUGUUGUUCUUUCUUACAAAAUUAAGCUAAUUAAAGUUCCUAAGAUUGUCACUGUUUUUCUUGUUCAUAGAACUUUGGAGGAAAAUGCAACAAACAUAGUUUAUAAUUGGCAACAUGUAGCACCAACUACAAGUGAUGAUCUUUUCAUUAGGCUUAUGUUGGAAGUUGUAAAAGAUGCAAAAACUGGAAACAAAACUAUAAGGGCUGGUUUUGUAGCUCUAUAUCUUGGUGACUCAAAAUCUCUUCUUUCACUAAUGAAUGAGAGUUUUCCUCAAUUGGGUUUGAAGGAAAGUGAUUGCAUUGAAACAAGUUGGAUUAAAUCUCUUAUGUUUUGGGCUAAUAUCAAUAUAACUGAAAAAGCUGAGACUUUGCUUGAUAGACAACCACAAUCAAUGAUUUACUUGAAAAGAAAAUCGGAUUAUGUGAAGAAACCAAUUUCAAUGGAGGGUUUGGAAGGGAUUAUGAAGAAGAUGAUUGAGUUGGAAAAUGUAACAUUCUAUUUCAAUCCUUAUGGUGGAAAAAUGAAUGAGAUUUCAUCAAAUGCAACUUCUUUUCCUCAUAGAGCUGGUAAUUUAUGGAAGAUUCAAUAUCAAGGUAAUUGGAAUGAGGCAGGGAUAGAGGCAGCAUCUUAUCAUAUAAAUGUUACUAGAGAACUUUAUAGUUAUAUGACUCCUUUUGUGUCAAAUAAUCCAAGAGAGGCUUUUCUUAACUAUAAGGAUAUUGAUUUGGGAGUUAAUCAUAAUGGUAAGGAUAGUUAUAUUGAAGGAAAAGUUUAUGGAGUUCAGUACUUCAAGGAUAAUUUUGAUAGAUUGGUGGAAAUUAAGACUAAGGUUGAUCCUGGUAAUUUCUUUAGGAAUGAACAAAGCAUCCCUACUCUGCCUAAUAGGAAGAGAAGAAUCAUACACUGA